GCCCCCUGAUCUGUCUAUCCUAGGCCUGCCCUGAUGCCCACCUGACCUGUCACCACGGUAUCUGCCUUGGCACAUCCUGCCAGGUCUCAUCCCAUGGCAGCCUUGCUUCACCCUCACCUGGGGCUCAGCCACUUUUUCCGUUGACUGCUUUGGCCUAAUGAAACGAACAAGUGCCACUGGGCAUAGAGGGCUCUGUCGGAGAACGGGGCAGUACUUCAAGCACCAGCUUCUGGACAUGGCUUUGCGCUCCACUGGCUGUGGCCCGUACAGGAAGCCCCUUGUUUGGCAAUAUGGUCUCCGGCACCAGGAAUGCAGUGUUAAACACAGAGGCCCGCACUGUAGAGGCGGACGUGUUGAGCCGCCGCUGCGUGAUGAUGCGGCUAGUGGAUUUCUCGUAUGAGCAGUACCAGAAGGCUCUCCGCCAGUCAGCUGGGGCCGUGGUGAUCAUCUUGCCCAAGGCCAUGUCAGCGCUGCCGCAGGAUGUUGUCAGGCAAUUCAUGGAGAUAGAGCCAGAAAUGCUGGCCAUGGAAACCAUUGUGCCGGUCUAUUUUGCAGUAGAGGAUGAAGAGCUGCUCUCCAUCUAUGAACAAACACAGGUUGCUUCUACAUCACAGGGUUCAGCUUCAGCUGCUGAAGUUCUGCUGCACACGGCGACUGCCAACGGCUUCCAGAUGGUUACGAGUGGGGCUCAGAGCAAAGCUGUCAGUGACUGGCUCAUAACCAGCCUGGAGGGGAGGCUGACUGGUCUGGGAGGAGAGGACCUGCCCACCAUUGUAAUAGUUGCCCAUUAUGAUUCUUUCGGAGUGGCCCCAUGGCUGUCUCAUGGUGCAGACUCCAAUGGCAGUGGCAUCUCUGGGCUACUGGAGCUAGCCAGGCUCUUUUCUCGACUCUACACCUACAAACGUACCCAUGCUGGGUAUAAUCUGUUGUUCUUUGCAUCUGGAGGCGGUAAAUUUAACUAUCAAGGAACCAAGAGGUGGUUGGAAGACAACUUGGAUCACACAGAUUCCAGUUUGCUGCAGGAUAACGUGGCGUUUGUUCUGUGCCUUGACACCCUGGGUAGAGGGAACAGUCUUUACCUCCACGUCUCAAAACCUCCCAAGGAGGGGACCCUGCAGCAUGCUUUUCUAAGGGAGUUGGAGAUGGUGGUCGCGAGCCAGUUUCCAGAAGUGAAAUUCUCCAUGGUGCACAAGAAGAUAAACCUGGCUGAGGACAUGCUGGCAUGGGAGCAUGAGCGUUUUGCGAUCCGCCGCCUGCCUGCAUUCACCAUCUCCCACCUGGAGAGCCACAGGGACGGCCUGCGCAACAGCAUCAUGGACUUGAGGUCACGAGUUGACUCUAAGACUCUAACCCGUAACACCAGGAUCAUUGCUGAGGCAUUGACUCGGGUCAUCUACAACCUCACUGAGAAGGGGGCGCCUGCUGACCUGCAGAUCUUCACAGAGCAGAUGCAGAUCCAGCAGCAGCAGCUGGAGUCCGUGAUGGACUGGCUGACCAGUCAGCCCAGAGCGGCCCAGCUUGUAGAUAAAGACAGCACCUUCCUCAACACCUUAGAAUAUUACAUGAGCCGCUAUCUGAAGGAUGUCAAGCAGCAUCAUGUGAAGGCAGAUAAACGGGACCCUGAGUUUGUUUUCUACGACCAGUUGAAGCAAGUGAUGAACGCAUACAGGGUCAAGCCAGCAAUCUUUGACCUGCUCCUGGCUCUCUGUAUAGUAGCCUACCUCGGAGUUGCCUAUGUUGCAGUCCAGCACUUUGGUCUCCUUUACAGGACGGUACAGAGGUUAUCCCUUAAAUCCAAGCAGCAGUGAAGUGACAAAUCACCAACCCAUCGAGCAGCACUGAGCCACCGGUGAACCCAGCAGGAGCAUCUGCCUUCCACUGGCUCCUGCCAUUUCUCCCUCUCUCCUCUAACCCUCCUGGAGGAAAGCAGAGAUUAACAGAACUUCCAACUCUUGUGCACCUUCUUUAGGUCUCCCCCCAACUUGCCCAUUUUCCUUCAUUUUGUGGCGAGGGAGACGUGCAGAGACUUGGUCAAUCCCUGCAGAUUGUUUAAACACUGAAUGGCUGAUGUAAAGUUUCCGCCGAACAAGAAGUUUCUGUAAGUGUGAAGGUGCUGAACCUGGUUUCACAGACAUGUGCCAUACAACCAGCUUGGAGGCUGAAUCCACGGGGCGAAGGGACGGACAGCUCUGCCCACCCAACUGGACUCAGAGCACUCGUUUUUUUUUUUAAAAAAAUGUGCACAUGUAAAUUAAAAGAUAAUUAUUA